CACUGUUGACCAAGAGCAGCUUCGGGGAUGGAGUAACUUUGUCCACUGUGCACCAACCAUUCCAGAAGACACUUGCAGCAGCCUGUGCCCACAAACAGAUGUCUCCCCUAACUUGCUGCCCAUUCCCCACCACGUCCUGUGAUCCUACAGAAACCGAGCAGCCCCCCCAUCUACUCCAGCCCCGCAGACCAGCACACGCGAUGAUCCCUUUACUGCUCUCGCUUGUAUUCCUGAAAAUGUAGCACUUCCCUGCAGACAUCUGGUGUCACUGUUGUCUCUGGCUAUUCAUCUGUCCUUCUCCGCUCUCUCAUCCUCCGCUUUCUCAUUCUCUCUGUCCCUCCACACCGACAAGGAAGGGAAAAAAAAUAAAAAAAUCUCAUGUGAGAGGCAGAGGGAAGAAGAGAUACCCAGGGAAGAAGCAACUCAUCUCACCUCUGUUUGGUUCCCUCAUUGGAUACCGCUGGCUGGUUUCUUUUUUUGGGAGCAGAAAAGAAAAUUUCGACUUCAUUAUUCUGCCUGACGUAGAGCUUUGGAAGAAGGGAAAAAACAUUGAGAGAUAUCAGUGAGUGUGCAGAUUAAGACGUCUUAAUUCCUUAUUCCCGGAAGGACAAUCUGGGUAUCUAAGCAUAAAAAACAGAAGAGAGAGAAACAAUGAUCAAGAAUGGGGUGUUUUGCUGCCAUUGAAAUGUCUGGUUGAUAUUAUUCACCAUCUACAUCAAGCUUAGACCCCCCCCCCCAAGGGAACAAAUUUCUUGCAAGGAUUCUCGUCCAUGCAAAGGUGUUUCCUUAUAGUAUGGAAGAAUCGGUAUCAGGUCCUUCCUCGCCUUCAACGGCUUGGCAACCAGCCGCACAAUCUCCGAGCUCUAGGAUACAAAGGGGUGACACUGGUGACCUUGGAGUUACAGAACAACAUUCAUCAUUUUCCCAGGAUGCUCCCGCUGCCGAGGAAGGGGGCUCACAAACUGAUUUGGAUGUGCCAUACCCAGACUUGGCCCCAGUGGUAUUCUUCUGCCUCAAACAGACAACAACACUGAGAUACUGGUGCAUCAAAGUGGUUUGUAAUCCGUGGUUCGAGUGUUUGAGCAUGAUGGUAAUCCUCCUGAACUGUGUGACUCUGGGAAUGUUCCAGCCCUGUGAAGAUGUUGACUGUUCCUCUGACCGCUGCCAAAUCCUUCAAGUAUUUGAUGACUUCAUCUUCAUCUUCUUUGCAAUGGAGAUGGUAGUUAAGAUGGUGGCCUUGGGAAUUUUUGGGAAGAAGUGUUACCUUGGAGACACAUGGAAUAGAUUGGAUUUCUUCAUCGUAAUGGCAGGGAUGGUGGAGUACUCCUUGGAUCUCCAGAACAUUAAUUUAUCUGCUAUUCGUACUGUGCGGGUCCUCAGACCUCUGAAGGCCAUCAACAGAGUGCCCAGUAUGAGGAUCCUAGUAAACUUGCUGCUGGAUACAUUGCCUAUGCUGGGGAAUGUCCUUCUUCUGUGUUUUUUUGUCUUCUUCAUAUUCGGAAUCAUUGGUGUACAGCUUUGGGCAGGACUUCUUCGCAAUCGAUGCUUUUUAGAGGAGAACUUUACUAUACAAGGUGAUAUCACAUUACCACCAUAUUAUCAGCCUGAAGAAGAUGACGAAAUGCCAUUUAUCUGUUCAUUAUCUGGUGACAAUGGAAUCAUGGGAUGUCAUGAGAUCCCAGUCCUUAGAGAUCGGGGGCAUGAAUGCUGCUUGGAUAAAGAGGACUUCUAUUACUACAAUUCCAUCCGACAGGAAUUUAAUGUCACCGGCAUGUGUGUCAACUGGAAUCAGUACUACAAUGUUUGUCGCACCAGCAACACCAACCCCCAUAAAGGCGCCAUUAAUUUUGAUAACAUUGGAUAUGCUUGGAUUGUCAUAUUCCAGGUCAUUACAUUGGAGGGCUGGGUAGAGAUCAUGUACUACGUCAUGGAUGCACACUCCUUCUACAACUUCAUCUACUUUAUUCUUCUAAUCAUAGUUGGAUCGUUUUUCAUGAUCAAUUUGUGUCUAGUUGUUAUAGCCACUCAGUUCUCAGAGACCAAGCAAAGAGAACACCAGCUGAUGCAGGAGCAGAGGGCUUUGUACUUAUCCUCUAGCACAGUCGCUAGUUAUGCCGAGCCUGGGGACUGCUACGAGGAGAUAUUUCAAUAUGUCUGCCACAUCCUCCGAAAGGCCAAGCGUCGUACAGUCGGAUUUUACACCAACCUUCAAAGCAGAAGACAGAGUCGAAUUGAGCUCAACAGCACUAAGCUGGGUAUCAAUGGAAAAGAACAGCACCAGUUGUGGGUUUGUCAAAAGCACAGUCAAUUGGAUUAUACCCCUCAUGCCAUUGUACAGCCCAUUGCAAUGACAUUAACAUCUGACCUUUCAAACUGCCCUCAAUGUACCAAGGGUCACUGGGAUGAUGGACGGAAACUAUCGGUGCCAGACAGCAACAAGUCUAGCCAAGAAGGGACACAGGGACAGACCAGUGAGAAAGAAAGUGGUGGCAGCAUGACUGAGCUUGACAAGGAGGCAGAGGAAGAUGGUGAUGAAGGCUUUUGUGAAAGACUCUGUGUGGAAAUCCGGGUGAAGCUCAGAGGCAUAGUGGACAGCAAAUAUUUUAACCGUGGGAUUAUGAUAGCUAUUCUGGUGAAUACCAUCAGUAUGGGCAUCGAGCACCACCAGCAGCCAGAGGAGCUCACCAACAUCCUGGAGAUCAGCAACAUUGUCUUCACCAGCAUGUUUGCCCUGGAGAUGAUGCUGAAACUUUCUGCCUUCGGUCUUUUUGACUACUUGCGGAAUCCAUAUAACAUCUUUGAUGGCAUCAUAGUCAUUAUCAGCGUCUGGGAGAUCAUAGGGCAGAAUGACGGCGGGCUGUCCGUUUUGAGAACUUUUCGCCUCCUGCGGGUGCUGAAACUUGUACGGUUUAUGCCGGCGCUGAGGAGGCAGCUGGUGGUCCUAAUGAAGACAAUGGACAACGUGGCUACCUUCUGCAUGCUGCUAAUGCUCUUCAUCUUCAUCUUCAGUAUUCUUGGGAUGCAUAUUUUUGGAUGUAAAUUUAGUCUUAGAACAGACUCCGGAGACACUGUUCCUGACCGCAAAAACUUUGACUCUUUGCUUUGGGCCAUUGUUACAGUCUUCCAGAUCUUGACACAAGAAGACUGGAAUGUGGUGCUGUAUAAUGGGAUGGCCAGUACAUCUCCCUGGGCUGCUCUAUACUUCGUGGCCUUGAUGACAUUCGGGAAUUACGUACUUUUCAAUCUACUGGUUGCCAUUUUAGUUGAAGGGUUCCAAGCAGAGGGGGAUGCCAAUAGGUCGUAUUCUGAUGAAGAAAGGAGCUCAUCAAACAUGGAAGACUGUGACAAAUAUCGUGAAACUCAGGCUGGGUCAGAUCCAAAACUUUGCACUGUUCCAAUGACUCCGAAUGGACACCUUGAAAACAACCCUAUAACAAGCCAGCAGAUCACUGGAGGAGUUAUGAACACUUCCAGGAAUUCUCUACAGAGGGAACAAAUGCUUUUAGCCAUGGACUGCAGGAAAAGCAGCGUGAUGUCACUAGGCCGAACAACCUACGACCAGAGAUCUCAGACAGGAACUCGCCCACCUCACUGGAACAGAACUGGUGGAUGGGGAAGCCGUAGGUCCAGCUGGAACAGCUUAGGCCGUCGCCCCAGCAUUAAACCAAGACCAUGUACAGCUGAGCAUGAAUCUUUACUCUCUCGUGGUGAGGACCAUCAAGAAAGGAUACAUUCCAGAAGAGCAUCCAGCCUAAAAAACCGGAGGGCUAUGUCUCUAGACAACAAGGGCUCCCCAGAUAUCCCAGAUCACCCUGGACUACAAACAAACCACAAGGCACCCUGUAAAGUAACCUGUUUAUCUGGAGAAUAUCUUGAAGCCUCUGGAAAAGCUUCUCAGAUCAUGAAAGAUGUCUUUCCCAAGAUGAACAAUCGAAAAGAUAAGGAAGAGGAAGAAGAGGAGAUCGAUUAUAGCUUAUGUUUCCGGAUCAGAAAAAUGAUCGAGGUGUAUCGUCCGGAUUGGUGUGAAUUACGAGAGGACUGGUCCAUAUUCCUUUUCUCACCUCAGAACAGGUUUCGCAUCAUGUGUCAGACAAUAAUUGCACACAAGCUUUUCGACUAUGUGGUCCUCGCAUUUAUUUUCCUCAACUGCAUCACCAUUGCUCUGGAGAGGCCUCAGAUUGAGCACAAGAGUACGCAGAAAAUACACAGCGAAUCCACCAUGUCCGGCCAUAUCCCUAUAGAGAGGCUGUUUCUCAGUAUAUCAAACUACAUAUUUACCGCUAUCUUUGUGGCAGAGAUGACAUUGAAGGUGGUUUCUCUGGGACUUUAUUUUGGAGACCAGGCAUAUCUCCGCAGUAGCUGGAAUAUUCUAGACGGGUUCCUUGUCUUCGUGUCAUUAAUCGAUAUUGUGGUUUCUGUGGCGUCUGCUGGUGGAGCAAAGAUUCUUGGAGUUUUGAGAGUUCUACGUCUCCUACGAACAUUACGACCUCUAAGGGUUAUCAGCCGAGCUCCGGGACUCAAACUGGUUGUAGAAACCUUAAUAUCUUCUCUAAAACCAAUCGGAAAUAUUGUCUUGAUCUGUUGUGCCUUCUUCAUCAUCUUUGGGAUCCUCGGGGUUCAGCUUUUUAAGGGUAAAUUUUUCUACUGCCUUGGUGUAGACGUUCGAAACGUCACCAACAGGUCGGAUUGUGAAGCUGCCAAUUAUAAAUGGGUUCAUCACAAGUACAACUUUGAUAACCUGGGACAGGCCUUAAUGUCACUGUUUGUUCUGGCAUCAAAAGACGGAUGGGUUAACAUCAUGUAUAACGGACUAGAUGCAGUUGCUGUGGAUCAACAGCCUGUUACCAACCACAACCCCUGGAUGUUGCUUUAUUUCAUCUCCUUUCUUCUCAUCGUCAGUUUCUUUGUAUUAAACAUGUUUGUGGGUGUCGUAGUAGAAAAUUUCCACAAGUGCCGACAGCAUCAAGAAGCAGAAGAGGCUCGAAGGCGAGAAGAGAAACGUUUAAGACGCCUGGAAAAAAAACGAAGGAAAGCCCAACGUUUGCCAUAUUAUGCCACCUACUGCCCUGCACGCCUCUUAAUUCACACAGUCUGUACAAGCCAUUACUUGGAUAUUUUCAUUACAAUAAUCAUUUGCCUUAAUGUUGUCACAAUGUCACUGGAGCACUACAGUCAACCAAAGUCUCUAGAAAUUGCCCUGAAGUACUGCAACUACAUGUUUACUACAGUAUUUGUACUUGAAGCUGUGCUGAAGUUGGUGGCCUUUGGAUUUAGAAGAUUUUUCAAGGACAGGUGGAACCAGUUGGAUCUGGCCAUCGUGCUCCUGUCUGUAAUGGGAAUCACUUUAGAAGAGAUUGAAAUUAAUGCUGCUUUGCCUAUUAAUCCCACCAUUAUCCGUAUCAUGAGAGUACUACGCAUUACUAGAGUGUUAAAGCUGCUGAAAAUGGCAACAGGGAUGAGAGCGCUGCUAGACACUGUCGUCCAAGCUCUGCCACAGGUGGGAAACUUGGGUCUGCUCUUCAUGCUUCUCUUCUUUAUCUAUGCAGCUCUGGGAGUGGAGCUGUUUGGAAAACUUGUAUGCAACGACGAUCACCCGUGUGAAGGAAUGAGCCGACAUGCUACUUUUGAAAACUUUGGAAUGGCUUUUUUGACUCUUUUCCAAGUUUCUACAGGAGAUAACUGGAAUGGAAUAAUGAAGGAUACACUACGUGACUGCACCAAUGAUGACCGCAGCUGCUUGAGCAACCUCCAAUUCAUCUCUCCUCUGUACUUUGUAAGCUUUGUGCUCACAGCUCAGUUUGUUCUAAUAAAUGUGGUGGUUGCGGUAUUAAUGAAGCACCUGGAUGACAGCAAUAAAGAAGCGCAGGAGGAUGCGGAGCUGGAUGCUGAAAUUGAAAUGGAAUUGGCUCAUGGCCUUUGUUCUCAGACAUCACCUGUUUCUGCUCUUGAUAAUGGAGGACGGGGAGGAAGACCAGCUACAGAGGGACAUCGUAACUUGAGGUGCUUCUCUCCAGCUCAGGAGAACUUGUGGCUGGACAGUGUUUCUUUAAUAAUCAAGGAUUCAUUUGAAGGAGAAUUAAUGAUCAUUGAUAACCUCUCCGGGUCCGUAUUUCAUCACUACUCCUCCCCAGCAGUGUGCGAAAAGUGUAACCAUGAUAAGCAAGAGGUCCAGCUGGCAGAAAUGGAGGCCUUUUCUUUAACCUCUGACAAGUCCUCUUCAGUAUUGACUGAUGAUCUCAGUUCAGAAGAACAAGGUGUCACAAGUCAGUUAAAGGAAAUGAAGGAAGGCCAAGACAGCCCAGAUUCUUUAGGGAUUGGAGUAUUUGGGGAAAACCUGUUCCCCCUUGCUAGUAUUCCCGGUUCCCCUAUACCUGAUCACUACUUGUGUGAGAUUGACAAAGUCUCUCUGACCACAGCCGAGUCGUGGGAGAGCUGGCUGAAAGAAGAAAGCAACCCAGUUACUUCUCAGCCAUGUCCGACAGACUCAUUGAUUCCCCUUUUGCCAGCCCCUGCUAAGUUCUUCCAUCCAUCUAUACCUACCGCAGAUACUGACACAGAGGAUCAAGCACUCAAGAAAAGUCUCCCUAAACUUUCUCCUCCAGAGUCUUGGGCAACGCUACAUUCACCUGAUGUCAACUGCUCACUUCUUAGGCAGACAACAGAAAGCAAUUCAUCCAUGGAAAGUGGAAGCCCAACCUCUGAAGACAGCCUACAGACAACUCUUGAGGAUAGUUUAAAUCUAAGUGACUCUCCCCAAUGCACCUUGGACCUUCCUGACCUCCGUGUAGUUCCUACAUCACAUCGUACCACCCUUCCCAUCUCUUCAAUUUCCUUGGUACAGAGGAGAAGCAACCGUCCUAACUUUGCACUUCAAAAAGUUCGCAGGCAUCAGCGGAGCCAUAGCAGUGGCGGUAGCACGAGUCCUGGAUGUACUCUUCAUGACUCUAUGGACCCUUCAGAUGAAGAGGGGGCUGGAGGAAGCCUAAGAGGAACAAGUGAGCCCUCAGAGACUUUUAGUAGUUUAUCCCUCACAUCCCUCUUUUCACCACCUCCCUCCUUAACACCACCUGGUGGUGUAAUGAAAAAAUGCAGCAGCGUAAAUAGUCUGUCUGUUGCUUCCUCUAGGGUAAGAGGAGCAAAGCAAUUUUACGCAGUCGAUCCACAGGGCUUCCUUUCCAUGCCAUCAUGGGUGAUGGAUUUUUACCAAACUUCUGCUCCCUCAGAAAACAAAGAGAGCUGUAGCAGUACCACAAAAUUACCGGCUGCGGAAAGAGGGAUCCCUACCAGUAGUGUCUCAGGAAAUGUGGAUUUUGGCAAUAAUAGUCGAAGAAACAGAUGAGAUUUUUUUUUAUGUUUGUGUGUUUCGUUUUUUGGGUGGGUGGCAGGUCAGUUUCCUGAAGGAUGAUUUCCUCUGUUAUGGGGGGGAAUAGCCUUACGGCUCCCAAACAGACCAGCAGGAAACACUACAUUACCUCACUGUGUGAGCCAGCCAAGCAAUGCAACUGGAGAGAUGAGAGGUAACGUUGGCUGAGCUCUCAGGCUCUGAAGUGGAAGAACCGCUGUACUGUAACCGGCCUCUCGGGCUAUCACAUAUAGUAUAUAAUACAUAUAUAUAUUAUUUUAUUUAUUUAUAUAUAUAUAUAUAUUUUAUUUUUACUCUUGCUUGGGACUUCUUGAAAGUUUGUAUUAUAAAAGGUAUCUUUAUGUGGCAAUACAAACCUUUGGUGGAGGAGAGGUAAUGACCCUGUUUAUGGUUAACAUUGAUGUUCUUUUUUGUGACUCCCUUGCAUACAAUCAGAUUGUAUUGCUUUGGGGUGGGAAUACGUUUAGGGACAUCCCAUCUGUUGAUCAGUCUCUUAAGCAACGUAAUAGAAUUAUUGACAAUCUCUUGCAAAUUCAUAUCCAUAACAUAAAUCAUGGUGUUUUUUACUGUGCCCUGAAGAAAUGAUGAUAAAGAAGGAAAUAUAGCUGCUAAGUACUAAUGUGCUAUAUAGCACAACAUUACAGCAUAAACGUUUUAUUCUAAUUAGAAUGCAAAUUCCGGAACCCAAUGGGAGCGAGGAGUAAGUCUUCUACAAAAUGCUAUAAAAUGCAAUGAUACAUUUUUACCUUUGGUGUUAUGUAGUAUGCCGGUUUUGCUCACAUUUGUACAAUCAGAUAUGUAAAUGUUAUUGUUUAGUGUCUGAAGGUAGUAGAUGAAGGCAGCAAUUACACCUCUGAUCAGUGGUGCUGGAUACAAUAGGGGGUUAUACUUCAUGAAGUUAUUUAAGAUAUAGUUAUCAAGUUACACCCAUUGUCUCCAGCAUUUGGUUUUUCAGUGCAAUCCCAAAAAUACUCCAAGGUACAUUGACUAUAUUUAGGUAACAUUGAUAUAGUAGACUAAGAAUUAUAGUCAAAAAAUUAAUUUAAUCUAUAUAAUUUUUUUGUUGUGACAGAUUUUAUACUACAAAGGUGCAGUUUAUACAAGUGAGCAUAUUUACAAACAAAAUGGAACAUAUUGUAUGAAGUUAUGACUAUGACAUACUAUAGCAUCCUCAUAUACAAAUGGUUACUUUAACAGGGUUUUCUGAAAAAUACAUUUAUGGAAUACAUGUGUGAACAACAGGAUAAGCAGAAUAAAGGGGCACGGCUCUUUGGCAUUCUCCAAUGGCUUUUGUCUGCACCCACAGCCUUGACUGAUAUAUCUUUCCCUGUUUAUAGAGAAAGACCUAUCAAUCCCUGGAGAAGCUACCAGGGAUCUUACCAAUGACUCGUUUUGGUCAGCAUGGAAGUGAUGACAGGUUCCAUUUAAAGUGUACCUGUCACUUCUAAAAACUUUUUAGACACAUGUCAACAUUUUUUAUUGCUCAGGGUCUUGUUCUGAGACCCCCACCAAUCGGGAGAACGAGCAGGGAGGAACACGUGGUAGCUCUCAGCAACCUUUAGUGGCAGCGAGACAGAAAUCACUGAGAGUAGGGAAGUAAACUUGUUCUUCUGAUCAGUGGGGAUCUCAGCUCUGAGACCCUAAUCAAUCAAAACUUUUGACUUUAUGACAGGCCCGCUUUAAACCCUAUUUACUGAAAUGGGGCCUAGCCAAAGUAGCAACAGCUACACAUAUAUGUAAUAAUAAUUUUUCAUUUUUAUAGUACCAGCAUAUUCCAAAGUUCUGUUACGUCACUCCCUGCCCACUUAUAAAUUCUCACAAUCUAAAUUCACUUAUUAGUAUGUAUUUGAAGUGCGGAAGAAAACCCAAACAAUGUGAGAACAUACAAAAUCCUUCUCAGAUUUUUCUUGGUGGGAUUUGAACCUAGGACCACAGCACUGAAAGGCAAUAGUGCAAACCACCAUUCUGCCUGUAAACCCAACAAAGAAACCACAGCACUCACUGGAGCAUGUCUCAUUCUCAUGGCUGAUCAUUGGAAGAUCCCGGGUUUUGGAUGUAUUUUCUAAUGAUAGACCAUCAAUAGAUUUUUCUGGGAAAACCACAUUUACAAUAAAAAUAUUAUAUAUCUAUAGCAUUCUGCAAGGCUAUGUCACAAUUUUAUGAUCAUGGGCGGUCCCAGAGAUUCUGAGACUGAAGGGGCCAUAUGAUUGAUAUAGUACUGCAUCCUCUAUUAAGUUUUCCAUGCAUGACAGUGAUCCUGCCCCUGUUUAGGGGAGUAAAGGUGGCUGUAUUAACUAAAAUGGUAUCCUCAGCAGAUAGAUAAAGGGCAUCAGGACCAAGAAGGUCCAAGAACAAAGACCCUCACAGAUCAUAAAGUUAUAGCAUAUCUUGGCAAUGUGCUGUGACAUACUUACGCAUUAUAGGAAUACCCCCUUUAAAGAGGUUUUAGACAAAAAUGUUAUAUAGUUAUUGUGCAUAUUCCAUCUAAGGCAUGGAGUUACUUCACAAAAGUAACAGGCGGGCACAAGGUUGGGUGCAGAAAUGUUGUGCUGAAAAUAACCAGACGCAGAUUUUACUAACAUGAGCACAAACUUACAAAUAUUGAUAGCGCCUUACUUAGAUAGACACUAAGAGGGAUAUUUAUCAAAACCUGUGCAAAGGAAAAGUUGUCCAGUUACCCAUAGCAACCAAUUUGAUUGCUUCUUUCAUUUUGAAGAGGCCUUGUUAAAGGAAAACUAUCAGCCCGUUCACCCACACUAAACCUUAUAAACUGGCUUAUAGUGUGGGUGAACAGGAGUCCAACAAGGGGUCACAAACUAAAUAUGUCCAGAUAUGUCCCCCAGAUGAUCCACUGCUGAAUUCAGUGGAUCACCCAGUGGGGGAUGGGGCUUCACAGGGAGUGGGGCUUCAAAGGCUUAAUUUACAUAUUCAUUGUUUGUGACUCCACAUCCUAUUGAAGUGGAGUCACUAAGCUCCGCCUACUGUAAAGCCCCACCCCACUGCACGAGUCACUGAAUUCAGCAGAGGAUCUUCUGGGGGACAUAUCUCAGGACCUACUGGACAUAUUUAAAGGAGUACUCCGGUGC